AUGCACAUUAAAAGGGUGUACUCUCAGAAAUUCCAAAAACUGGGUCGUUCGAUCUGGUUUCAUGUUGAGCCCAUAAAAGGUGUGCGUCUCAAACCAAUUGAAUGGGAGACGCCUUCAAGGCGCCCAGACGUUCGCGCCUGCAAGGCGACUUGGAUGCAGGUAGCCGAACGGCUUCAAAAUGAUUCGAAGUCGCCUCAAAGCCGACUUGGAAACGUCAUCAGGCCCAAGUCGUUUUGGAGGCAACUUCAAAAACCACCCAAGACGACUUGCGACCGGAUUCAAAGUCGUCGUCAGAACGACAUGGAAGCGUCGGGCCAUGCCGAACGACUUCAAGCCGAUUUUAAAAUUUAA